AGAACACGUAACACUCGUCGUGGGAUGGUGUGUAAAAAAUGUGAGAGGAAGCUGGGGAGAGUCAUCUGCCCAGAUCCCUGGAAAAGCGGAGCCAGAAACACAGUCGAGAGUGGUGGUAGGGUAGUGGGAGAGAACAAAGCCCUCACGGCGAAAAAGGCUCGCUUCACUCCCUACACCACCUCGUUCAACAAGUGUCGGAUAUGCAAGCAAGUGGUUCACCAGGCUGGCUCCCACUACUGUCAGGGGUGUGCCUACAAGAAGGGUAUAUGUGCCAUGUGUGGCAAACAGAUCAUUGACGUCAAGGACUAUAAACAGUCUUCUGUGUAACUGUCUCCAUUAUUUUAUCCACUUCUCCCUGUCAUUCCUAUUGGUCGUAUUACAUCUCUUUCUCCUAUCCCAUUGUUUAUAUGUCGUUUUUAUGAUAAUCACAAAAUUUUGACUGCAUAUAUAUAUACCUCUAUUUAUGGCUAUAUACAAGGGUAGUUGUUUGGAGAUAAUAAUUGUCUGGGAUAUAUCGGCAGGAGAAUUAUUUGCUAUUUUGUCUCUAUAAUGUUUGUGUUUAUAAAGAGAAGAGGAAAGCUUGGGGCUGGUCUGAAAAUCAAAUGGGGUUAGGCUCCAUCUUCUCCUGCAGCUCUACUUCUGGUUGUGCACUAGACUUGGUGGCAGCCUUUCUCCCCCCACAGCAGUAGCGGAGGAGAAUGCAGAGAUAGACUCCAGACAAGAACAUCAGUACUCCCAUUGCAAACCAUGCCGUGAUCUGCACAGACAACCAUUCGGAAUAUGCAUGGCAAAGACCUUACAUACAUAUAUAUAUACUUACCCUGGAUGUGU